GCCUCCCAAUAAAAGUGUCCGCGGUCCCGCCGGCCCUCUUUGAUCCACCAAGCUUCAGUCGCUCGAUUAAAACGGUCGCAACGCAAUGUCAACCAAGAGGAAAAAGUACUUCCUCGCCUUCGACGACGAAAAUUUGGAGGACGCUCCUGAAUCAGUUCGGAAGUAUUUGUGCGAGAAGGGUGCUCCCCAACCGACAGACGAUGACUCCCCUCCUUUUGGGCCACCGCGGGUUGACGAGGACUCGUUUCGGGGGCAUACAGCUCGACGUGGGGCGCAGCCUCUUGAGCAAAUUAAAACGCAAGUCAAACGUUAUCUAAAGGAUCAGGGAGACCAAGAAAUUCGCACUUUUCUCAAAGAUCUUGGAUUGCUAGAUGGCCUUCCCAGCGAGGGGCCGUCUAAGAGGUCCGAGGUCGACGCUAUCUCGAGGUUGCGAGCCGAAAACGACCAGCGGGAAGCCGAAAUUGCGGAACUGCGCGCCGAGGAAGAUCGGGCCAGGAAGUUGGAGGCCGAGAUUCAGAGACUUAAGCGACAGAAAACGCACAUCCAGGACCGGUGGACGAAGAGAGCAGCAGCAAGUCGAGGAGCGGGCGAACCAAGACCAGGUGGUCGAGCUGCUAGCGAAACUUGGAAAACAAGCCGCCGAAAUUGCGGAGCUUAAGCGACAACGCACAGCUGAUGCGGUUCCUUUGCUCCGUUUGGUGCCGGUGGGCCGAGCUCGCCCCGACGACACCAACGAUAGUGGCGAUGAGUUGUCAGGCGCGGAUCCCCGGCCGCCUGCCACAACAUCGCCAGCAGCAUUGACGACGGCCGCCGCCGCCUUGUCGCCGGCCACCCCGGGCAGCAAUGGCGACAGUGGCGAUGAGAUGUCAGAUACUGCCCCCCUGCCGCGUGCCUCGACCGGGGCGCAGCCAUAUCCAGACACCGUGCCGGCAUCGCGACCUCACAUGGGCGACUCCAACCCCUUGCAAUCCAGCCCUGCGCCGCCUGCAGUGGCAAACUCAUUGUCGGCGGGGAGCAGUUCCAGCAAU